AUGUCAGCGAGUGAGAGUAGCACUGAGCUUCUCCGCGCGCAAGCUCAAAUCUGGAACCAUAUUUUCAACUUCAUAAGUUCUUCAGCAGUAAGAUGUGCACUUCAACUAGGCAUUCUUGAUGUUCUCUAUAAAUAUGGUAAGCCCAUGUCUCUUUCCGAUCUCUCGGCUGAACUUUCCCUAGUAAUCAACCCUUCAAAGGUUUCUUUCUUGCCAAUUUUAAUGCGAUUUUUAGUGCAUUCUGGUUUCCUAAAUCAAGAUGAUCAAGAUCACCACUAUUCUCUUACCCCAGCUAGUUGCCUUCUUGUGAAAAAUGAGCCCUUUAAUGUUAGAUCACUCUUGGUUAUCAACCAUGAUCCAGUCUUUUCAAAAGCAUGGUUUGUGUUAAGUACUUGGUUCCAAAAUGAUUCUCCCACUGCUUUUCAUACUGCUAAUGGCAAAUCUUUAUGGGACUAUAUUGUGGAUCAAGAAUCAAGGGUACUAGGUGAUAUUUUCAAUGAUGCAUUGGCUAGUGACUCGAGGUUGAAUACCAAUGUGCUUAUUACGGAGUGUAAACAUGUGUUUGAGGGGUUGAAUUCAUUGGUGGACGUUGGUGGUGGCACUGGUACUGUUUCAAUUGCUAUAGCUAAAGCUUUUCCUAACAUAAAAUGCACUGUACUUGAUCUCCCUCAUGUUGUCGAAGACUGCAAAGGAAGUGGAAAUUUGGAGUUUGUUGGAGGAGAUAUGUUCGAUAACAUUCCCCAUGCUAAUGCCAUCUUACUCAAGUGCAUUCUGCACGACUGGAGGGACGAAGAUUGUGUGAAGAUACUGAAGAAAUGCAAAGAGUCAAUUCCAAAUAGGGAGAAAGGAGGGAAAGUGAUAAUCAUAGAUACAGUGAUGGAGGAUGAUACAAAGAAGCAGAGUAAUGAUGAGUUUAUUCGAGCACAACAUAAUAUGGAUAUGUUGAUGAUGGUUCUUUGUGCGUCCAAAGAGAGAACUAAGAAAGAGUGGGAAAAGCUCUUCACUGAUGCUGGUUUCACUGAAUAUAAAAUAAUUUCCGCACUUGGCUUAAGGUCUCUUAUUGAAAUCUAUCAUUAGCUCUAUUUCAGCUAAUUCAGAUUCGUGCCGCCGAUCCAUUCAACGGGAACACCCGUACUAAUAUUUCUCAAUUAUCAAGACUUGAACCCGAUAUCUCUUGUUAAGGAUGGAGGAAUCACAUCUAUCCCGCCAAAUUCCGCUAUGCAUUGUCUUUUAUAUAUAUAUAUAUAUAUAUGUGUGUGUGUGUAGUGAUGAGAUUGUUAUAUGUUAU